GGAUGUGUAUGUGUAUGUGUGUGUGUGUAUGUCUGUAGAGCGGCUCACUGCUAGCAAUUAGUCUGUCAGACACCGGGCUGCUGGCUCUGUGUAUUUGUCGGCACUAACGGUGAAAUCCCACUCACUCCAACCCAGAAGAAAAGACGACGUCCAGCGGAAAGCAACAACAAGAGGUAGGGAAGCAAAAUGGUCUCGUCGGGUCUGGAUACCAUGCCACUGUGCAGCCCCCUCUCCAAGCAGAAGAUCUGCACUGAUACACCGACACCGGGGGCCCUCCAACAGCAUCUCUUCUACGGUGAAUACGAUCCAUUCAAAUAUGCCCCCAUCUUUGAAAGUGACUUUGUUCAGGUUACAAAGAAGGGAGAAGUGCUGAACAUCCAUAACCAGGUAACUGUGGUGACCGUGGGUGUGACCUCUACAAGCCCGAACUUCAACCUCCCUAAUGUCAUGCUGCUGGCCCGACCCAUCAACGCUCUGCGGGAGAUGAUGUGUAACUGCACAGUUUCAGAAGAUAGGUGCCCCAUGGAACUCACCAGACAGUCCAUUCCAGGAUCCCACUCCGGGACUACCACAUUGCCGCCGAAGCUGCUGCCGCUCCUGUCGAUCCACCUGGAGUAUCGAUUUCGGGCCUACCACAUUGCCACAGCUGACCAAAGCUGA